UAACUUCACUGCGGUGCGCAUAUCGACGGGUCACGUGACGCUCGUGACGUUUUCCUGACUCGGUGUCUCGUCACGCUGAGCGAUCCAUGAUGGCGGCUCCCGGGGUUUCACGUGAGCCGUUCGCGGACGGAGUCCGAGCGGUUCUACACACCUGGCCCGUUCUACAGAUUGCAGUGGAUAACGGCUUUGGGGGCGUGUACAGCCAGCAGAAAGCUGAUUGGAUGGUGGAUGUGGUCCAGAAUUACUUCCAUGACAAUGCCGACCUGCAGCAGUGCGAGGUUGAGGAUUUUGUGGCUCACCUGAUGGACCAGGAGUUCGACACAGUGGUGGAUGAUGGGAGUUUACCACAGGUGUCCCACUGUCUGUGCCAGAUGUUCUCUCUGUGGCAGCAGGGGGCGCUGCAGCAGCUCAGACAUAAGGUGGUUGAACUGACAAAGAAGACAGAGAGGGCAAAGGUCAAGGCAUCAACAGUGCCGUCUGAUGACAGCGACACUGAGGUGAUGGACUGUGAAGAAGCUUCGGGUCCAUCUGUCCAAAAAGCUCUGCCCCCUCCCACUCAGGAUGAAGAGGACGGCUGGACUGUAGUCCGGAAGAAGAAGUGAAGGACGAG